ACGAGGGGAGCUGUCACUCAGAGCAAAGCCCCGCCCUCCAGGCUCAGACUGCGGACUGCUCCGGGACCAGAACCAACACCGUGUUACCGGAUCGUUACUCAGGCUGGGAGCUGAUCGGUUAUUGAUCAGGAUCGAUUAGCGGAUUGGUGGGAUGUCUCGGCUGCUGGAGAGCCGAAGACAGGACAGGAUGAAGGAAAUAAACCUAAAGAAUAAACAGAAGGAGCGUCUGAAGGAGAGGGAGAAGGAGGCGAGAGAGAGGGAGGCCCGGUCCAGCAAUGGUCAUCUGUUCACCUCACUGACGGUGUCGUCCACCACACUGUGCUCCUCCUGCAACCGCAGCAUCACGGCCAAGGAGGCGCUAAGCUGCCCAGCCUGUAAUGUCACCAUCCACAACCGCUGCAGAGACAGUCUGGCCAGCUGUGCCAAGAUGAAGCAGAGGCAACAGAAGCUGGCAUUGGUGAGAAACAGCUCAGCUCUGCAGAACGUUGCCCUGCGGACGAAGACAGCUCCAAUGAUGAAGGAGCGUCCAAGCUCGGCCAUCUAUCCCUCAGACAGCCUUCGCCAGUCGCUGCUCGGGUCCAGACGGGUUCGAUCCGGCCUCUCACUAGCCAAGAGCGUCUCCACCAAUAAUAUUGCAGGUGGGACGGAGGACGCUGUGGGUCUCAGAAGGAUUCUGUCUCAGUCUACAGAGUCUCUAAACUUCAGGAGCAGAACUUUGUCCAUGGAGUCUCUCACUGAUGAUGGUGAGUGGUGGUGGAGCCCCCUGCUGGAGGAGCUGCAGGCGGAGGGAAGCUGUGUUCAGGCCGACAGCUGGAGUCUCGCUGUGGAGCCGACCUUCCUGCAGACGCUGCACAAAGACCUGAUCAAGCAGCAGGACGUCAUCUAUGAGCUGAUCCAGACAGAGUUCCACCAUGUCCGGACGCUGCGGAUCAUGGAGGGGGUGUACCGGCGGGGCAUGCUGGAGGAGGUGAUGCUGGAGGCAGGCGUGGUGCACACCAUCUUCCCCUGUCUGGACCAGAUGGUGGAGCUCCACUCCAGCUUUCUGUCAGAGCUGCUGAGCAAGAGGAAGGAGGGACUGGUGGAGGGCACCACCAACUUCACGGUCCGCCAGUUGGGAGACCUGCUGCUCCGUCAGUUUUCAGGCCAGUUUGCAGACGAUAUGAAGAAACUUUACUCCGAGUUCUGCAGUCGACAUCCCAAAGCUGUGAAACUCUACAAAGAAGUUUUAACUCGAGACCGAAGGCUCCAGCAGUUCAUCAGACGUGUCUGUCGUGGUCCUCUUCUGCGUCGUCAUGGCAUCCAGGAGUGCAUCCUGUUGGUAACACAGCGAAUCACAAAGUACCCCGUCCUUAUCCAGCGGAUCCUCGACAACACCAAAGGAAACGAGGAGGAGGCGCAAGCUCUAAGCCGGGCCUUGUGCCUCUUGAAGGAGCUGAUCAGCUCGGUGGACCAGGAGGUUCUAGAGCUGGAUCGGGCCAGGAGGCUGCAGGAGAUCCAGGCCCGGCUGGAUCCACGAGCACAGGCGGAGGUCCGGGGAGGAGGAGUGUUCAGAGGAGGAGAGCUGCUGAGAAGAAAACUCCUGUAUGAGGGGACGCUGCAGUGGAAGGUCCAGGGCUCCAGAAUGAAGGAUGUGCAGGUGUUGCUGAUGUCAGACAUCCUGGUUUUCCUUCAGGAGAAAGACCAGAAGUUCACCUUUGCAUCACUGGACAAGUCUCCAGUGGUGUCGCUGAAUAAACUGAUCGUCAGAGACAUAGCCAAUCAGGAGCGAGGCAUGUACCUGAUCAGUGACACCCCUCCAGAGAUGUAUGAGCUGCAUGUGUCAUCCAAAGGUGAUCGCCGCACCUGGAUGAGCCGCAUCCAGCAGGCUGUGCUCAGUUGUCCAUCCAGAGACGAGUUUCCUCUCAUUGAAACUGAAGACAAGGCUUUACUGCGCAGACUCAGAGCGGACAUCCAACAGAAGGACCGGGAGGUGCUGGAGCUCCUGCAGGAACGCGUCACUCUGUUUUCUGACCUGGUGGAGGCGACAGGCAGAGGAGGAGCAGAAGAAGACGGAGGUGUGGAGGUCAAAACGUCCUCAUCCAGGAACCUGUUUAGAGCUGACCCUUCUCACGCUCCUCAGGGCGAGCCGCUGCUCCUCGCCGCCAUCGGUGAAGUUGACAAGCUGACUGAGCUGCUGUCAGAGUGCAGCAUCAACAAGUCCUCCGUAACCAACGGCAACCAGGACUUGAGCAAUGGAGACUCAAGUUCUCUGAAUGGUUCCUUUGAGGUGAACAGCAGCUCUUCUAAGGACAGAAAUGGUAACCAGCUGCAGGAACAAACCCUGAAUGAGGAAGUCUGUCAGCGACUGGUCAACCUGAGCACACAGCUUCAUGCCCUGCAGGCUGCUGUGAUUCGUCAGGAUUCGAUACUGGAGCUGUCAUUAAGCACAGGCCAUACCCCCUCCACCGCCCCCGGGUCCGGUUCCGUCCCUCGCCUCAGCCGGUCGGUGUCGCGGGACACUGGACUGGAUGCCAGUGGGGAGGCGGUGUUGCUACGGCGACAGGUGGAGCUGCUGCAGGAGGAGGUCACACGGCUGCGUCUUAGGGGGGAGGAGCCAAUCCGGGAAGGGGCGGGGUCAAGGAGAAGGAGCAGCAAUGGAGAGAUCAGUGACGUCAUCAAGGGAGAACCACAGGUUAACAGGAGGCGUGGCAGCAGGGACCUGGAACUCCGCCCCCUCGCCCCAUUGGCUACUCAGGAUCCGACUGAUCAAUUAGAUGGCGUCCACGAAGGAAACGAGGAGGAAGAGGAGGAAGUGAUGAAGAUCUCUCCUCGCUCUGACAGCCCCAGAGACCUGCAGGACAUCCCGGAGGAGAGUGAGAGUUAACCUCACACCUGCACCUGAUGACCUCAGGGAACUCUGCUGAUGUCACUGUUAUCGCCGUGAUGUUACAGAUGGACAUUGUAAAAGGAGCUGGAGAUGACGUCAUUUACUGUCUUGGAGUUUUUACCAAAUCAGAUCUCAGCUGUCUGACUUUUGUUCCUCAAACGUUUUCUGAGCGUUGCUGUUAGGUUAGAAACAGGAAGUAUAACCAUGUGACCUGUUUACAUCAUCAUGUCUGCUGGAGCUCCGCCCACAAGUGCUGGAAUGGGUGGAGUUUAAAGGGAGGGCUUUUAUUGGGUAUAAAGGGUAUCAUUGGGUUUGUUGAAAAUUGGAAGGUUGUUUGAUACUAAUGGUUAAAGUUUAACAUUUCUGCCUCAAAGCUCACUUUAAAGUCUCCGUCUGCUUCAAACAAACCUGGUCAGGUUUUCAUUCAAGAGUCUGUCCAAGUCCUCGCUGUUUAAGGGUCCUCGCUGAGUUGCCUCAGCUUUAAAGUCUUUGAGAGUCUAAUGUAGUAUUUGUUUAUUUGUUUGUUUGUUUGUAAAGACCAAUGUGAGAAGCACCAGCAGUAAACAGCAGUUCAAAUGUUGGACAGAAUGCAGGACGAGAGGACAUUUGGAUUUAUGCUGUACAGAUAGUGGAUCUGGUGCUGUUCUGAUCCGGAUCAGUUUGUUUGAUGCAGACGGAUUUAUUCAGCCUAAUGAGACACAUUAACGACCACCACACUACAUUACCCAGGAUGCCUUUAGAUCUACCGUCACAGCCUGCUGUCAGUGGAGACUCAGAGAUUAUAAUGUGUUAUUUAUAAAAAGCAUAAAAUGCCAGUGUAGUCAUAGAAAAAUUUGAUUCUGUCCAUGGAACUUUAGCUUCAGAAUAUUUAGUAAACAAAAAGAAUCUGUUUUUAUGUUUCUUUAUACAUGAAACCAAAAAUCUGUUGAACAUGAGGACAAAGUGAAAACAAAUGUUUACAUUUGAAUCACAGCAUAAAAACAAAAAUCUCAGUUUGUUCAGACUGAAUGUGCAGCUUUUACUCCACAGGUAAACUCACCUGACUAUGUGCACUGAGUUCACCUGGCGUUUUAACAAACUUAUAACUCAGAGCUACAUGAGUCGUGAGGACUGGGAGAACUAGGAGAACUGGGAAGUGUAGUUACUACAGAAAGGGGGGGGGGGGGGGUUGGGUCGGGUUACUUUGAGCUGAAUCGUAGAUCAGGUGUGUUUAUUAAAGUGCAGGUGUUCUUCCUGUCUGUUAGCAUGGUAGCAUGGCUGUGUCUUUUAUACUUGUGUAGGACGAUGGUUUAAUUGACCAAUCAGCUGGUUUGUGUUGACGCCUGGGAGGUGAUGAGGUCAGCUCCUCCUGAUGAUGAUGAUGCUGUCGCCUGAUGAAGGACCUUUUAUUGAUGUAGAAAACACGAGGACAUGUUUAGAGCCACAAAAUUGAACUUUCAACUUCUGCAAAAUGUCCAAAUGUUUCAUUUUACACUCAGACUGAUGCAGACUGUUGCCAUGGACACCGUCACAAUGGACACUGUAACCAUGGACACUACUGAGUCUGCUCUCUGUGAGACGGCGAUGGAGUAUUUGAUGGAAACGUGACCUACAGUGCGAAGAAAACAUGAUAUGAAACAUGUGACCAAACAGUUUGUAUUCAGCUCUGAUUAAUGUGUUUCAGUAUAAACACUAUUAAUGUUUGUCAAUGACAUGUUUAUUCUUCAUGUUAACAAGAAGUGUUUUCCAUUUAUGGAGGAAAUGAGCUCCCGUUUUAUGACUGAACUGCUAUCUUCCUAACGUGAAUCAUCCUGAUAUCUUAAACUUGACCAAGAGAAAAAAUAAGUUUAUCAGCAUGAAGUCUGAAGACUUUACUCAUUUUUAAAAGUUGCCUUUUGUGUUGUUAUUCUAAAAUGUGUCAAACAUCAGGGUCCAAAUAAUUUCUAAGUGAUUAUACCUUAACUCUGGAGGCUUAAAUUCACCAAUGGACAGAUGUGACACUGUGAUGUCCAGAUGUGAUGCUGUAAUGUUUCAUUUGAGCUCAGUUUAACAGCUGUAAAGUUGACUGAAAUGCUUGUAUCUCAUCAGUGUAUUCUUGCUGUAUGUCUCUGACUCUUUAUAAAUCUAAUCAGCUAA